CUGAACCGAAAUAAGUUGGUAUCAAGAUGACUUCGCGACUGUCCAAACGGUUUUAUCGUCCUGAAGGCACAGAAGAUUCUGUUUUAGACAGAGGAGCUACAGCAGAAGCCGAAAAUCGUUGGGUUUUCGAAAUUUCUUGGGAAGUUGUUAAUAAAGUUGGCGGAAUUUAUACUGUCAUUCGUUCUAAAGCUGGUGUGAGUGUUGAAGAACUUGGAGAUCAGUAUUGUCUAUUGGGACCAUUCAAUGAUGCUCUUGUUAAAACAGAAGUGGAGGUUAUGGAACCUCCUGAAUCAUUUUAUAAAAAUGCCAUUCAAUCAAUGAAAAAUUCUGGAAUCAAGGUCAUUUAUGGAAGAUGGCUUAUAGAUGGUUAUCCAAGAGUUGUUCUUUUUGACAUUGGUUCAGCAGCAUGGAAACUAGAUGAAUGGAAGAGAGACUUAUGGAAUAUUGCAAAUAUUGGUGUUCCAUGGCAUGACCGUGAAUCAAAUGAUGCAAUAAUCUUUGGGUACUUGGUGGCUUGGUUUUUGGAGGAAUUUUAUAAACAAGUUGAAGAGGAACGGGAUGCACCAUUUGUCAUAGCUCAUUUUCAUGAAUGGCUGGCAGGUAUUGGGCUCAUCUUGUGUAGAACCCGUCACUUAGAUGUAGCUACUGUUUUUACAACUCAUGCAACAUUGCUUGGACGAUAUCUCUGUGCUGCUAAUUUAGAUUUCUACAACAAUUUAGAUAAGUUCAAUUUAGAUAAAGAAGCAGGUGACAGAGGUAUAUAUCAUAGAUAUUGCAUGGAAAGAGCUGCAGCUCACAGUUCACACAUUUUUACUACUGUUUCUGAAAUCACCUCCUGGGAAUCUGAGCAUUUGCUUAAGCGUAAACCAGAUGUAAUAACGCCUAAUGGAUUGAAUGUUAAAAAAUUUAGUGCUAUUCAUGAGUUUCAAAAUCUUCAUGCUCUUGCAAAGGAGAAGAUUCAUGACUUUGUUCGUGGUCACUUCUAUGGACAUUAUGAUUUUGAUCUUGACAAAACUUUAUAUCUAUUCAUUGCGGGGCGUUAUGAAUUUUCCAACAAGGGUGCAGAUUUGUUCAUAGAGUCCUUAGCUCGUUUGAAUCAUUUCCUGAAGACUGCUCAUAGUGAAAUGACUGUCAUGGCAUUUUUAAUUUUUCCUGCUCGUACAAACAAUUUUAAUGUUGAUUCCCUCAGAGGUCAAGCAAUUGCCAAACAGUUAAGAGAUACUGUUCAUGAUGUUCAAUCAAAAAUUGGAAAGCGGAUGUUUGAAAUUUGCUUAGGUGGAAGACUACCUACCAGUGAAGAACUCUUAACUUCUGAAGAUAUAGUUAAGCUUAAACGCUGUAUAUAUGCUUCGCAGAGAACAAGUCUUCCCCCUAUAUGUUCGCAUAAUAUGAUAGAUGAUGCUAAUGAUCCAGUUCUUAGUCAUUUACGAAGAUGUCACUUAUUCAAUAAUAGGGAAGAUCGUGUUAAGGUAUUGUUCCAUCCUGAGUUUUUAUCUUCUACCAAUCCAUUAUUCAGCAUGGAUUAUGAAGAAUUUGUCAGAGGUUGUCAUAUAGGCGUUUUCCCAUCUUAUUAUGAACCUUGGGGCUAUACACCUGCUGAGUGUACUGUAAUGGGUAUUCCAAGCAUAACUACUAAUUUAUCAGGCUUUGGAUGCUUCAUAGCUGAACAUGUGGCUGAUCCUAUGUCAUAUGGUACAUAUAUUGUUGAUCGAAGAUUCAAAAGUCCUGAAGAAUCUGUUCAACAAUUAGCACAGUAUUUGUUUGAUUUCACCUGUCUUUCAAGACGCCAGAGAAUUAUUCAACGUAAUAGGACAGAAAGGUUAAGUGAUCUACUAGACUGGAAAAACCUGGGUGUUUAUUAUAGACAAGCCCGACAAAUGGCUUUACAUAAAACUCAUCCUGAAUUCUUAGAAGAUGAAACAGUGCGUAACAAGAUGCAAAUGAAGUAUCCUAGACCUAUGUCUGAACCUCCUUCACCUUUAAGUUCCCGAGCUUCCACUCCUGCACCUUCAGAGCAUGGAAGUGAUGAAGAAGAUGAACUUUCAGAUGGAAGUGAAAAUGCUGGAGAAACGUGAAUUUUAUUUGAAAUUUAGGUUUCAACAAAUCAAAAAAUAUCAAUCAUGCAUGCCCUGUGAAAAAUACUCAGUUAUGAAAAAAAAAAAAAAAAAAUUCUAAGAAAAUUAGCAGGUUUUUUUUUUAAUGCAAAUAAUUGUGUAGGGUUUGGUUUAUUGGAUUCUUUUUAUUUAAUAAAUUUUAUAAAAUGUUUUUAAAUCUUUUCAGGAGUUUUUGAAAAUGGUGCUAUAAAUGUUUUCAUUUAAAUUCAUUUUUAAAGCUUCAUUUGAUUUUAUACGUAGAAAUGUUAGACAGCUAUUUGAAUCAAUUCAACCAAUGUUAAAAAUGUCAAUUCCUGUCAAGUGCAAUGUUUAAAAGCUAUAUUGUUAAAAAAAAUCGAUUUAUAUGAUUAAAAUUUUUAUUAUUUCCUAUGUUAACUAAUUGUUUUGUUUAAACAUAUCAGAUAUAUUUUCGAAAAUUGAGAAAUAUAUUAAUGUCAUUUUAAUUUUUACAGUAGUGUGUCGAUGAUGCUUCUAAUGAAAAUGUGUUCCUUAAUUAUAUUUUCCUUUGAUCACAAUGGAUUUGUAUAUGUUUAUGCAAAUUCGUUAAUAAAUGUUUCACUGCCAUUAGAUGUUGAGACAAAGGUAUUUUGUUUCAUGUUCCUGUUGCCAAAUGUAUUAUUUGUUUAAAGUAAUAUAAAUUGUUUGUAAUGCCUAUGUUGAAUCUUACUAAUUCAAAUGAAAAACAGGGUCAAAAAUUAUUUGUAUUAUCAGAAAGGUAUUUAACUUGGUAUGACACAAUCUAAAAUGUUAUUUAAAUAUAAAUUUGUGCAUCAUUACAUACAUAUAUUCUAUUUUACUAAUUAAUAUUUUAAAAGUUAUAUUUUUUAAAUAUAUUUACUUUUUUGUAACAUUCUAACUAUAUAUAUUCUAGAAUUAAAAAAAAGUAAUUGUAUUUCUCCUUCAGUCAUCACCAUUAAAAUUGCUUUAUUUUUACUAAACGUAUAACAAAUAAAAUUUCUCUUUUUGUGUCCAGUUCUAGCAUCAAGAGGUGUUAAAAAAAAUUCUGAAGUUUUUUUUUUCAUAACUCUGAAUGCUUCUUUUGGAUCUUUUUAGUACUGAAGUAUGAUUCCUCUUUUUAAUUGUUUUCAUUAGUGAAACCAAGUGCCAUUGACUGAUAUGUAAGUGUUGGCUUAGUGUAGAAAAACAACAAGAAAAUUUAUAUUUGUCUUAAUAAUAUUUUUGUUUCUUUGUCCUGUUUUUCUUUUGUUUAGUGUUGAACAUUAUAAGACUGUAAACUCUCAAAGUUAGCUCCUUUUGUUAUAGAAAAAUCAUAAAGUUUUAUUUUUAUUCUUUUAUUUUUGCCUUCUUUUUGUGCCAUAUUUGUUUGGGAAAAAUGACUAUUUUUAAUAAAGUUAUAUUCUAUGUAAUUGAUUUAAAUAAAAAUGUUAAUGCUGA